AUGAUUCCUCAAUUUUUUACAUAUCGUAAUAACAAAAAUGAACUUGAAAAGGACUCAUAUAUAGUAGAGCAGCCAUUUACUUUAUUAGAUAAAAACAUUGAUAUGUACAUAAUUGCAGGCUUCGAUUGGAAUCGUAGAAUAUUCAAAGUCCAUACAUCAAUUUUAAAGGACCGAUGUGACUAUUUUAAGAAGGCACUGUCCAAUAAAUGUAUUCGCAAAAAUUCCGAUGGAAUCAUUGUUUUUUAUAAAGAAGACAUCUCACCAGAAAUCUUUAAGUUAAUUCUUGACUAUAUUUAUACUGGUGUGAUCUCAAUCGGACUUUAUGAUACGGAUGUUAAUAUUUUGGAUCCUAUUAUAGAUGCAGAUGAGAAGAUAUUUUCGAAAUCAACUGGACAUCAUGAUACAGAUGUUAACAUUUUAGAUUUUAUUAUAGCUGCAGAUGAGAUGUUACUUCCGAAACUAGUUAGCUCUUUAGAAAGUCUCCUUAUUGACAAAUAUUUUAAGCAGUUUUCACCCGAACUUGAAGCUUGGAUAAUUUGCUUAAUUACAAUAAAUAAAGAUCAAUUUCUGCCACGGUUUGAGGAACGUAUUUACAAAAUAGGUCUUACCUUUAUUAAGGGUCUAAUUCCUAUCAAUGUUAAUACUGAAAUAGAACCUAGUGUCUAUAUUAAUGCCUUGCUCGAAACGCGUAGGAUGUACAUUAAUAUGCUAACUGCCUUCAGAGGUGAUGCUAAUUUUAUCAUUUCACUGGAUAAAGUGUUCCAAAAAAUUGUCAAUCAAAACCAUGUUACUGGUACCUCAACAACUAAAUCUCCGCAAUUAUUGGCCCUAUUUUGUGAUUCUUUACUUAGAAAGGAUUCUGAUAAAAGUGACUUAAAAGAUGUUAUGACUUUAUUUAAGUAUGUGGAAGACAAAGACAUUUUUAUAAAAUUCUAUUCAAUGUUGCUAGCCAAACGUUUGAUAAAUGGGACAUCACUAUCAGAGGACGCAGAGCAAAAUUUGAUCUCUAAAUUAAAGGUUAUCGACUUUUCUAUUCUUGUUUUGGGAACAGCAUUCUGGCCAUUUAAACCAUCAAUAACAAGUUUUAUUAUACCAAAAGAACUCGAAGGAACUUUUAAAACUUUCAAGAAAUUUUAUCAAAACAAGCACCCUAGCCGUAAACUUAAUUGGCUAUUCCAUCUUUCAAAAGGUGAACUGGAAACUAAUUAUUGUAAAAAAUCGUAUACAUUCAUGGUAUCCACAUAUCAAAUGGGCAUUCUUUUGCAAUACAAUAAAAAUACAUCAUAUACCUUUGAAGAAUUAAAACAGAAAACAGAUUUAACUUAUAGUGUUUUGACGGACACACUAAAAACUCUUGUCAAAACUAAAGUGCUCAAGCUUUCUAAUGGUACUAAAGUUGGUGAUUCUUUAUCGUGUUAUGAAUUGGACACAAACUUUAAAAGUAAUAAAACUCGCAUUCAAUUAAAUAUGCCAAUUGUGUCGGAAAAGAAUGAAGAUGAAAUUCAAAAUGUCAGAGAUAGUAAGCCAAUGAUUCAGGGAACUAUAAUUCAUGCAAUGAAGAAUAGAAAGAAUGUGAAAAUUGUUAAUUUAAUUAACGAAGUGACUGACCGAUUUCUUAACCGUUAUCACUUCAAACCUAAGAUACCAGAGAUUAACAAAUGUAUUGAUAUCUUGAUAGAAAAAGGAUAUAUUGAACGUAAAAGUGACACGCUUUCUUAUGUUCCAUAA